AUGCAACAGUCACUGACGAUCAAUAACAGCUACUCCCCAUCUUUCCUAGACACACGUUCAAGCAACACGCUGCCCUGCCCCGCCUGUAGAGCAAUAACAAGCUUUGGCCUGGAGGGUGUUGAUGGCCUACCCAAAAACUUCACCCUAGCAAGUAUAUGUAGGAAGUUCCAAGAGACCCCCCGACAGUCCCCUGUCCCGGCAUCUGAUGAAACUCGUGAACAAGAAUCAUCGGAUGAAAGAAGCCUGUACUGCAAGGCAUGUCGGGUCAUUGUGAAGAGUGGAGAUCUAUGGCCAACACAUCGCUAUCACGUCACAGAGGACUUAGAAACUGAAAUUACAAAACAGCAGGACAAACUCUCCACUUGCCGUCAGGAGUUGGAAAGAAGUCGCACGAAGGAGGAAGCUAGACUGAAAGCAGCACUGGUUGAUCACUGUAACAGACAGGAACAGAUGCAGAAACAAGAAGAUGCUAUCAAUUCAUUGGCUGAAUCCAUAGAGGGUCGUCUUCGAUCACGGAAAGAAGAAGUUCUAGAAAAGAUAGAAUCCUUGAAAACGGACAACAAGACAUCUUUUGAGACGUAUCAGAAACAACUCCAGUCCUACAUCUCCACUGUCGACAGCAUCACUGCAGCUGCACAUACAAUGGAUGAACAGAAACUGGAGGGAGAAGACGGUCAAGUCAGUUUCCUGCAGGUGGUGGACGACGUCUUGACACAGACACAGCGACUGGCAAGAGUGAAUGAAGUGACAUUUUGUUUGGGAGUGCCCUUUUCUACAUAUGGUGAAGAGUUUCGCAGAGAAUCUAAGAGCUGAUUUCAGAGCACUGCUUGGUUCCUCACUGGACCCAACUAAAACGACCUUAGGCCCUAGCAACGAGGACACGUCGACGGAUCACAGUCAAAAGGGAGUUUCCACUGAUGAAGAGGUUGUUCCUGCAGAAAGUGAAACUGGAA